CAUUCUUGUUUUUGUUGUUUUUUCUGCUAACUGUUAAAAUGCAUAAAUAAUAAGCGAAUAAUAACAAAUAAACCGAAAAGUUUCGCCAGUUAAGAGUGCGAACAAUGUAAAUACACUCGUGUCAACCAGUAACAACAAGCAGCAAAAUGACCGACGCCUACUGUCUUUCCAAUUUUAUUGAUUUUUCACAGCAUUUGUCACAGCCGCUGAGGCACAGCAAUCGGAUCAAGUAUACGUGCUUUGAUAUCUCAGACAACUACAUUAUCUUUGGUGCCACCUCGGGCUCGCUGUACUUUUUCAAUCGUGGCGGCAAGUUUAUGCACCUGAUCCCAAACAAACAUGGCCCCGUCACACACCUGAGCAUCUCGGCCAACAACAAGUAUGUGGCCUUUGCCACCCAACGCUCGCUUAUCUGUGUGUAUGCGGUGAAUCUCUCUGCUCAGGCCGCACCCCAGGUGAUUGUUACGCAUCUGAGCACCGAUCAGUCGGUGCAGGUGAGCUGCAUCCACUGGACGCCGGAUGAGAAGCAAUUCUACUAUGGCGAUACGCGUGGCCAGGUAAACCUGGUGCUGCUCUCGUCCUUUAUAGGGCACAGCCUGCUGUUCAACAUGACCGUGCAUCCGCUUUUGUAUUUGGAUGCGCCUGUCGUGCAAAUCGAUGACUUUGAAUCCCUGCUCCUGGUGUCCAACAGCACCAAGUGUAUUCUAUGCAACACCGAGUACGAGGAAUACAAGCAGAUCGGUAACCGUCCACGUGAUGGCGCAUUUGGCGCCUGCUUCUUUAUAUCGCCCCACGAAUCGCUGCAGCCGUCGCGCAUUUACUGUGCCCGUCCGGGUACACGGAUCUGGGAGGUUGAUUUCGAGGGCGAGGUGGUGCAAACACAUCAGUUUAAGAGCGCACUGGCCACCGCACCUGCCAAGAUACUCAAGCCCAGCGAGAGCGAUGCAUUUGAUGAGGAAGAUGCGGAUGCACUGGAGGCCAACGAUGAGCUGCUGAACUAUCAGCCGCAGCAGCUGCAAUUCGCCAAACUACAACGCCUGGGCCAGAACUUUCUGCUGGCCUACACCGAACUGGGCCUGUACAUCUUCGAUGUGCGCCACUCAACGGUGGUGCUCUGGUGCAAUCAGUUCGAGCGCAUUGUGGACUGCCGCGUAGCCGGCGCCGACAUCUUUGUCUUCACACAAACGGGCUCUCUGUACAGCGUACAGCUGCAGACGCUGCAGGCGCACGCCAUCUCGCUGAUGCAGCAGUUCAAGCUGCCGCAAUGCGCCAGGCUGUUGCGCCAGCACGUCAAAUACUUUGCUGACAAGGCGCGCGAGCACGAGGAGCUGAAGCAGCUCAACCAGCUAAAGCAGCUGUUGAUUGAACGGCAGCAGUACGAGCUUCUUAACGAUAUAUCCGUGAUCUUUGAUGCCAUUGCCCAGUGCACGGGCAGCGCACUAGACACACAAAGCUCCGGCGGCAGCUCGGCGACAACAGAGCGCAGCGCCAGCUUGAGUACGGUGGGAGGAGGCGGCGGUGGAGGAGUUGGCGUCGCCAGCACGGCUCCAACCAAAGGCGUAUAUGUGCUGGAGAAUGCCUUUUGCGAUAAUCUGAAGCAGCCGCCCAAGUCGGGCCAUUUCAAGGAUGCAUUACUCACAGUCACCGGCAAAUUUGGCAAAAACAUCAUCAAGUACAAGUUUAACAUAUUCGCCGAGGAACAGCAGCAGCAGCUGGUGCGCGAGCUAAUACCCGCUAGUGAGCGUUCCCAGCCCUUUAAGGAUAUCAAAGCCCGCUACGAGACGCCGGACGAGGAUGAGGAAAUUGUCUGCCGCAGCCGGAAGCGUACCACGCUCGCCAUGACCCCCACGCCGCACAUCAGUCCAGAGGAGAAGACCAUCUACAAUCUCUACUUGAUACACAAGGGCGCCAAGUUCAGUCGCACCCACUGCGUAGAGCGCUAUCGUGCUGUUUUCGAUCAGUAUGCGGCCAGCGAGCUGAUGCAGCUGCUUGCCAAGCUUGGGCAGGUUAUGCUGGAGCAUGGCGACAGCCCGGAGCAGGCGCAGCGCAACUGCUAUGAGAUGUAUUUCAACUAUCUGAAUCCGGAGCUAAUCUGGGAAAUGGAUGAUGCCACACGCGAUUAUAUAGCCAGCGGAUUGGCGCUGCUCAAUUCCGGCGUGGAAAUUGUCCGCUGCAGCCACUGCAAUUUUCCGCUGCGUUUCCAAAAUGCAUGCCAGUACCACGAGCUGGGCGCGGUUUUGUUGCGUUACUUUUGGUCCCGGCACGAGCAGCUCAAGUGCUUCGAUGUGCUGCAAUCGGUGCCGGCGCUGCUCGAUGUGCUGGCCAAAUUCUAUUUGGCCGAGCACAAUCUGGACAAAGUGCUGCCCAUUGUCUUCAACUAUGGCGCCGUGGAAUUGCUGCAGGAUGUGGGUAGGCAGCUCAAUGGCGUUGCCUGGGCGCGAUGCUUUGAGCAGUUUGUGGAGCUCCAACGCGGCCGUUUGGUGUGCGUCAACUGUGAGUGCGUCAGCAAUGUGGAGCUGGAGCAGCUAUCACGACACUAUUUCUACACAUGGAACUGUUUUCUCAACAUUGCGCUGGAUCAUCUAUCGGCCAGCGAGACACUGGCUCUGAUCUUUAAAUGGAGCUCGUAUAUACCCAGCGAUGCGAUCGAUCGGGAAUUCUAUAAACGCUGCCUGCUCAAGGGCUGAAUUUCAGUGUUGCCAAUUCAGCUAUCUUCUAGCUAAAUGUAGCUAUUUACGAGUUCGUUAGCCAUAAAACGUUGAAAAAUGUCAACUAGUUAAGCUUUUUCGCAUCUGGCAACCCUGUUAAUUGCCAAUUUGAGUUUAGAAAACGAAUUCUUUUUUUUUUUGUUGGCUAUUUCUCACAUUAACUCGGCUACUUCAUUGAAACUGCAGCUGGCAACAUUAUUUAUGUUAUAUAUACACACAUAUAUAUAUAUUUAAAGGUAUAUAAAGAUAUUGAUUGUUGGAAAUUUACCAGCAGGCAACUUGCAACAUUCCCAGUACAUGCUCCUUAUUAUAAACUUUAGCUAAAGCUGCAGCCAAAAUACCAAAAGCAUUUAUUCUAUAUAAACAUAUAUUAAAACCAUAUAUAUUUACAUGUAUGUAUGUCUACCAGAUGUAUGUGCUUGUGCGUUAAUAAUAAAUACAACAACAACAUUGUAUACUUCCUUGAAUUUUGCUUCAAAUCUUUGAAGCCUAAAAAUUAAAUAGUCAACACAUGCACAUAACACAACAAGUUUUGGCAUAAAUCAUACAAAAUUUCAACUGCAAAGCAAGCAUUUCUCGAAACAAACAACGUUAGCCCCAACAUAGCGAAGUGAUCCAUCUAAGUGUUCAAAGUUGUUCAAGGUUCUCUUAAAAAAGAGUUGUUGUAUAAGAGAUUGCGAAGAUUUAAAAAAGAAAAACCGGGCAGCUCUAACGGCUGCCAGGACUCGAUAAGACUAUCGACUUACAACUUGUGUAGGUAAGCGUUUACCUCAACAGUCUGGUAACGCAUUAAGCAAAGCAGCUCUGUCAAAUCAACCCUGUUCACUGCGAUAACGAUAAGCAACGGCGCUGACUCACGCGCUCCCAUCACCAGCUCUCCACCAUUUUUCCCGUGUGGCUCGUUUUCGCCGUUGGUGUGGAUAAGACACGCGUCUGAAAGCAUAAAAAACGCGAAAGCGUAUAAAAACCAUACAUUUUAAGCACAAGCAUAAUAACAGGCUUGUGAUUUUCGUUAGGCACAAGUAGGCCUAGCAAAACAUAUGAACAAUAUAUAAGUCUCAUUGAUCGAAGAAACUGAUUGUGAAAAGUACAACCUCGCUCUCACCACAUAAGAACGUAGUAGCUUGUGGAACGUAAGAAGUUGUCGGAAAAAAAAACUAAAAGAAAAACGUAUAGACACGAAGUGCAACACUAACACACAAAAAAGAAAGAAAAACAA